AGCCUGUGGCGGGGCCGGAGCGCUGGGGCUCGGAGCUGCGGGGGAAGGUGGACCAGAACUUUUGGAACUUGCGCCGGCGGCUUGCACCCCCCAGUAUUAAAGAACUUUAUGGAUCAGUUUGCUAAUAAGUACAUGCAAGAUUUGAAGAGCUGAAGAAGAAAUCAGUAUUAAACCUUCCUUUUUAAUACCUAGGUCGGAAUUUGCCCUUGACAAAUAACAAAAUGAUGAGUGAUGCAAGUGACAUGUUGGCUGCGGCGCUGGAGCAGAUGGAUGGUAUUAUAGCAGGUUCUAAGGCCCUAGAAUAUUCCAAUGGGAUUUUUGAUUGCCAGUCUCCCACCUCCCCGUUCAUGGGAAGCUUUCGAGCUCUGCACCUUGUGGAAGACCUGCGUGGACUGUUAGAGAUGAUGGAAACGGAUGAGAAGGAAGGCCUGAGAUGUCAGAUCCCGGAUUCAACAGCAGAAACGCUCAUCGAGUGGCUUCAGAGUCAAAUGACAAAUGGACACCUACCCGGCAACGGAGAUGUGUAUCAAGAAAGGCUGGCGCGGUUAGAAAAUGAUAAAGAAUCGCUCGUUCUUCAGGUAAGUGUGUUGACAGACCAGGUAGAGGCUCAGGGAGAGAAGAUUCGAGAUUUGGAGUUUUGUCUUGAGGAGCACAGAGAGAAGCUGAACGCCACAGAGGAAAUGCUGCAGCAGGAGCUUCUGAGUAGAACAUCCUUAGAAACUCAGAAGUUGGAUCUGAUGGCUGAGAUAUCUAACUUGAAGUUAAAACUGACAGCUGUAGAGAAGGACAGAUUGGAUUAUGAAGAUAGAUUCAGAGACACAGAGGAGCUAAUGCAAGAGAUCAAUGAUUUGAGGUUAAGAGUCAGCGAAAUGGACAGUGAAAGACUUCAGUAUGAAAAGAAGCUGAAAGCAACCAAAGAUGAACUGGCAUCUUUAAAAGAACAACUGGAAGAGAAAGAAUCUGAAGCGAAAGGGCUGCAAGAGAAGCUGUUGUGCAAGAUGAAAGGAGAAGGGAUCGACAUUUUCGACCGAGAUGAAAAUUUUAAAAAGAAGCUCAAAGAGAAAAAUAUUGAAGUACAAAAAAUGAAAAAGGCUGUGGAGUCUUUGAUGGCAGCAAAUGAAGAAAAGGAUCGGAAGAUAGAAGAUCUUCGACAGUGCCUGAACAGGUACAAGAAAAUGCAAGAUACAGUGUUACUGGCCCAAGGUAAAAAAGGCCAAGAGGGCGACUAUGACGAUCUGUUCACUUCCAGUUCUGUCUCCACUUUGCUGGAAGCACAGGGUUUUGGUGAACUGGAGAAAAGUCUAUCAUCUACGCCAGUGAUGGGGUCCCCCAGUCGUGACCCGUUGAACACAAGUGUCCCGGAAGAGUUCCACACCAGCAUCCUGCAGGUCUCCACCCCUUCAUUGUUACCAGCGUCCAAAGGCUUGGAAACUUCUGAAAAAGCACAAUUGCCUCCUAAGCCUGAGACUUCAUUUGAGGAGAAUGAUGGAAAAAGAAUCCUUGGUGCUGCUGUUGAAACCCAAAUGUGUGAUGGUCUUUCAACUUCAAGUCUGCAAAAGUCUAGCAGCCUGGGCAAUCUGAAGAAAGAGCCAUCAGACGGGGAAAAGGAGUCUGUUCAGAAGCCUUCAGAGGAUAAAGCUCCAGUAGAAAGCAGCCCAUUUGGGAGCCUCCCUCCCAAAGCCCCAGGACACAAUGCCUCCGUGGAUGACAACCCCUUUGGCACUCGAAAAGGCAGAUCUUCCUUUGGUCGUGGCUUUUUUAAAAUAAAAAGUAACAAGAGGACAGCAAGUGCACCGAACUUGGAUCGUAAACGAAGUGCCAGUGCACCCACCUUAGCUGAAACAGAAAAGGAGACAGCCGAGCACCUAGACCUGGCUGGUGUAUCUUCUCGGCCAAAAGAGUCACAGGGGAGCAGCCCCUUCCAGGUGUCCCUGUCAUCUCCAGAUUCCAAAAAGAAAUCCCGAGGCAUCAUGAAACUCUUCGGAAAACUCAGGAGAAGUCAGUCGACUACAUUCAACCCAGAUGACAUGUCUGAAACUGAGUUCAAAAGAGGAGGGACAAGGGCAACUGCUGGGCCCCGACUGGGUUGGUCUCGAGAUUUGGGGCAAUCUAACAGUGACUUGGAUAUGCCUUUUGCCAAAUGGACCAAGGAGCAGGUUUGCAGUUGGCUUGUGGAACAGGGCUUGGGGUCCUACCUGAAUUCUGGCAAGCACUGGAUUGCAUCUGGCCAGACGCUUUUGCAGGCUUCUCAGCAAGAUCUAGAGAAGGAACUUGGAAUCAAGCAUUCGCUUCAUCGAAAGAAACUCCAGCUGGCAUUGCAAGCUCUGGGAUCUGAGGAGGAAACCAAUCACGGAAAGCUGGAUUUCAACUGGGUCACUAGAUGGCUGGAUGACAUUGGUCUCCCCCAGUACAAGACCCAGUUUGAUGAAGGACGCGUAGAUGGUCGAAUGCUCCACUACAUGACCAUUGAUGACUUGCUGUCUCUGAAGGUCAUGAGUGUGCUGCAUCAUCUCAGUAUCAAAAGGGCCAUCCAGGUCCUGAGGAUCAACAACUUUGAACCCAACUGUCUGCGGAGGCGGCCCUCGGAUGAGAAUAGCGUCACCCCUUCGGAGGUGCAGCAGUGGACCAACCACCGGGUGAUGGAGUGGCUGCGCUCCGUGGACUUGGCGGAAUACGCCCCCAACCUCAGGGGCAGUGGUGUCCAUGGCGGGCUCAUGGUUCUGGAACCUCGUUUUAAUGUAGAAACAAUGGCUCAGUUAUUGAACAUCCCACCGAGUAAGACCCUGUUGCGAAGACAUUUGGCCACUCAUUUCAACCUCCUGAUUGGUGCUGAGGCCCAGCACCAGAAGCGUGACGCCAUGGAGUUACCAGACUAUGUACUUUUAACAGCCACUGCCAAAGUGAAGCCAAAGAAGCUCACCUUCAGCAAUUUUGGGAAUCUGAGAAAGAAGAAACAGGAAGAUGGGGAAGAGUAUGUGUGUCCAAUGGAACUGGGACAGGCCUCGGGAAGCGUAUCUAAGAAGGGACUGACGCCCGGCAUGGACAUGCACCUGUAUGACGAAGACGAUCUGGACCGGUUAGAGCAGAUGGAAGAUUCCGAGGGGACAGUGAGGCAGAUAGGUGCGUUCUCUGAAGGCAUCAACAACCUCACACACAUGUUAAAAGAAGAUGACAUGUUUAAGGACCUCGCUGCCCGAUCCCCCAGUGCCAGCAUUACUGAUGAGGACUCAAACGUGUGACCGUCACACCUGGACGCGCAUGAGGAGCCCUUGGUCUCUCUCCACGUUAUUUCUCAGACACUCGGUAUAUCCAGCAAGCAGCAGAUUGUGUAUUGUGUAUUGUGUAUUGUGUAUUGAUCCAACUUCUGCUCAUUUAAACAUGGAAAUGGAAAGCAGGGGAAAGGUGCCUAUUUUAAAGCUGCCACGGAAAGUGAGACACUGGUGAAUGAGAGUAUAAUUGUUUUUCCUCUAUUUAAUGUAAAAAAUCUGUGAUAUAUUAUAUUUAAAGUGUUGCAUUUAAUAUGAGAGUACUUUACCAUGGCAUUUCCGGUCAUGUUCACGUAGGGAGGACUUGGGAGAGUGGUAACCCCCAGGUGGCUGACUCUGUCAUGUCCACGUAGCCACUGAAACAGAACAGGCCAUGCUUCUAAAAUCAGUACCCAGCGUGCCCACUGAAUGCCAGCCACACCUCCACUUGCCUCUUAGUGUCCUGUUUUUAUAUAUUUUUCUAAAUAUAUGUAUAUAUUUAGUACACAGAACAUAGAACUUUUAUUUUGUGACAUACAUAAGGAAGAUGGUAAAAAAAAGAUCACAUUGAAAAAAAAUACGGUGAUCAGAUUUUUCAUAACCCAGCUGGUUCUUGGACGGGUCAGGAUGAUCUUUCUUUCUCCAUAAGCCAAUUUUGAUGAUGUUGAUCAUUCGGAUUAAAUUGGUAUAUAUGAAAUAACUCCUCUUUGAUGAUACAUCACAAAAUUGCUGGUUAGAUUGCUAGUUAGUUUUUUUAAGAAUUUCAGCCUUAAUCUUGGACUCUCUUAACUCAUAAAAACUCAAGGGACAUUUACAUUCUGUGAACUCGAAUGCAUUCAGAAGCUCCCCCACAAUUUGUAGAAAUAAUUUCUGAAGAAAGCAGACUAAACCGAAAACCUUGACAGUAUUAAGCUUCUUCUUUUCCUCUUUGCUAAAUAUAUCAUUACAUCAAAAUACGAACAGUCUGACUAAUGUUAUUGAUUGUACAUUUCUCAGGCUCCCCACGAGUGGAAUCUUUUUAAAAAGCUGAAUAUUUGUCCGAACAUUUUGUCUCAGAAGUCAAUAACUCUGAGUAUGGAAAAUAAGUUUUGUGACGGCUAUAUUGCGAUGAUAAAAUAUAGUUCACGCUUUUCCAAAGCACAGGGCCCAGAUGUUCUUUAUAAAGAAAAUACAAAGCUGCAGCAAAAAACUGCUGCAUUUAUUAUUCUCUUUAGGGGUAUUAGAAGUGACAUUCUAUUUUGUAUCCAGUACUGCGCCAUUACUCUGAUCGCCAGCUGUGGUAAGGACGGGUUUUCACAAGUCGGCGUAGGGUCGGGCAGUUCGGUGUGUACCCAUGGACUUACAAACUAUACGACCUUUCAAGUUAUCAGCAGGUUACUAAGCUUUUCGUCAAGGAACCUAUAAAUACUACAUUACUACUUAUUCAUAACUAAAAUGAUUCGAUGCUAACAAUAAUCUUUUGCUCCCUACCAUCCAUUAUUUGGUAAAUGUAUUGGACUCUUAAUGUACUUGUGUUUUAUCUUAAUGUGGACAUAUGUCACCAUUUGGAAAACAAAUUUGUUAUUCAAACCUGGUUAAAAAUACCAGGAGACUGUUACAGAUGCCAAAUAUUCCUUAUUCAGGACAUUGUAACAUAACCAAUGAUAUGCGAUGAGGUUAAAACUUUUUUGAUGAUAUAUAUUUUAUUUACAAAAUAUUAUACACUGCUGGUAUCACCAUAUGAAAAGAAAUAAAGUCAGCUGAUAAUUGCCUUAUA